UAGGCUAACCUGAAAUAGUCUUGCCACUUUAAGAGUCGGCUAGGUUGAGGAGAGGACAGGAAAGUGUCCGGCCUCUCUGUUGUUGUUAUUCGCCGACGCAAUGGCUGGAGCGCAAGACAGUCUGUUAACUUUUUUUGUCAACGGGAAAAAGGUCACAGAGCGCGAUGUGGAUCCUGAAACUAUGCUGUUGCCCUACUUACGAAAAAGGAUGGGGCUGACGGGCAGCAAGUAUGGCUGUGGAGGAGGAGGCUGUGGGGCUUGCACCGUCAUGCUGUCUCGCUACCAUGUCCAGAACAGGACAGUCUCCCACUGUGCGGUGAACGCCUGCCUGAUGCCCGUGUGCCAACUCCAGGGGGUCGCCGUGACUACCGUGGAGGGCAUCGGCAACACCAAGACCAAGCUGCACCCCGUCCAGGAGCGCAUAGCAAAAGCACAUGGUUCCCAAUGUGGCUUCUGUACUCCUGGGAUGGUCAUGUCCAUGUAUGCUCUGCUGAGGAACAAGCCCCAACCCUGCAUGGAGGACAUCACAGAGACACUGGCUGGUAAUCUGUGUCGCUGCACUGGGUACCGGCCUAUUCUAGAUGGAUAUCGGACCUUCUGUGAGGUGUCAGACUGUUGCCAGAGUAAGGGAGGAGCGUGUUGCUUAAAUGGAAAUUCACCUGAAGAAAAUGGUCCAAAGGGCUCCGGCCUGACCAAUGGUGGUGACUGUCCUUCUCUCUCCAAUGGGAACGAGGUCACAAACAAACACUCUGACCAGGUCAAUGGGAAGGAGGUCACAGAUAACCUCCAGAAUGGGCACCUGGAGCUCUUCAACAAGGAUAAUCUGCUCCCGCUGGAUCCGACCCAGGACCUCAUCUUCCCCCCAGAGCUCAUUAGGAUGGCUGAGCGUGGGGAGCAGGUGACGCAGGUGUUCCGUGGGGAGCGGGUCACCUGGGUGUCCCCUGUGACCUUGGAGGAGGUCGUGGACCUGAAGGCUCAGCAUCCACAAGCACCCAUCGUCAUGGGCAACACCAAUAUUGGUCUGGACAUGAAGUUUAAAGGAGUUCUGCAUCCUUUCAUCAUUUCACCCAGCAGGGUUGCAGACCUGUUUGAAGUGACACACACACCAGAGGGAGUGAGCAUAGGUGCGGGCUGUACCAUGUCUGUGCUGCGUGAGGUUCUGGAGGAGCUGGUGAGGACCCUGGCCCCUGAGCAGAGUGAGACCCACAGGGCUCUACUGCAGCAGCUGGGCAACCUGGCAGGGGCGCAGAUACGCAACGUGGCUACUCUAGGUGGAAACAUUGCCAGUGCUUACCCCAACUCUGACCUAAACCCAGUGCUGGCCGCUGCCAAUUGCAUGCUAACUGUGGUGUCAAAGGAAGAAAGACGAGAAAUCCCCAUCAAUAAAGACUUCUUCCAGGGCUUUGGAAAGACUAUCUUACAACCACAGGAGAUCGUUCUGUCUGUUUUCAUCCCUGUGUCCAAAAAGGGGGAGUUUGUGCGUGCGUUCCGCCAGGCUCCGCGUAAAGAGAACGCUCUGGCCACGGUGAACGCAGGCAUGCGGAUCCGGUUCCGACCCGGCUCUAGCGUGGUGGAGGAGCUCAGCCUAUUCUACGGCGGGGUGGGACCAUGCACACUGGCUGCAACCAAAACAUGCCAACAGAUUAUAGGAAGGUCUUGGUCAGAGGAGACUCUGAGCGCUGCGUACCCAGUGCUGCUGGAGGAGUUAGCCCUGCCCUCCUCUGCCCCGGGGGGUAAAGUGGUCUUCCGCAGGGCCCUCACGCUCACCUUCCUCUUCAAGUUCUACCUACAGAUGCAGCAGAUACUCACAGAAAUGGGGGUGAUGUCAGAGGGAGUGCAGCAGGACAUGAGGAGUGCCCUGACAGGCCUACCCAGCCACUUCCUCCCCAGCUACCAGGACUUCCAGGACGUCCUAGUGGGUCAGCCGGGUCAGGACCCUGUAGGCCGUCCCAUGAUGCAUCGCUCUGCCCUGAGCUGUGCCACAGGAGAGGCCGUCUACUGCGAUGACAUGCCUCAACAACAGGGGGAGCUGUCUCUCACGCUGGUCACGAGCACCAAAGCCAACGCCAAGAUCAUAGACAUAGAUGUUAGCGCGGCGCUGGCACUGCCCGGUGUGGUGGAUGUCAUCACAGCCAGUGACAUCCCGGGGAAGAAGUUUCGGACCUUCUGUGGCCUCACUGAGGAACUCUUGGCAGAGGAAGAGGUCACCUGUGUGGGACAGAUGGUGUGUGCCGUGCUGGCGGAUACGAAAGCCCACUCCAAACGAGGAGCUGCAGCAGUGAAGAUCACCUACCAGGACAUUCCCAACCUAGUGCUCACCGUGGAGGAGGCAAUAGAGCAGAAGUCUUUCUUUUGUCCUCCGAGGGAGAUCGGUAGGGGUGACGUCACUGAGGGCUUUAAAAUGGCCGACCAUAUUCAUGAAGGUGAGAUCCGUAUUGGUGGUCAGGAGCACUUCUACAUGGAGACCCAGAGCAUGCUGGUGGUGCCUGUUGGAGAGGAGCGGGAGAUGAACGUCUAUUUGUCCACGCAGCAUCCUAGCUACGCUCAGGACUCCAUAGCAGAGACGCUGAACAUCCCCUCCAACAGAGUGACAUGUCACGUUAAACGCGUCGGAGGAGCCUUUGGAGGAAAGGUCACCAAAACCUCCAUCAUGGCCUGCAUCACUGCAGUAGCGGCAUGGAAGACAGAGCGUCCAGUGAGGCUGGUCCUGGAGAGGGGUGAGGACAUGCUGAUCACAGGGGGGAGACACCCAGUCUUGGCCAAGUACAAGGUUGGCUACAAGAACGACGGGAAAAUAACUGCAACUGAUGUGAAUUUCUACGUCAAUGGCGGCAACACUGUUGAUGAGUCUCCACUGGUAAUUGAAAAGAUCCUGCUCCAUUUCGACAAUGCCUAUAACAUACCCAACUUCCAUGGCACAUCGUUUGCCUGCAAGACCAACCUCCCGUCCAACACAGCCUUCCGAGGCUUCGGAGUGCCCCAAUGCCAGCUGGUCACGGAGCACAUCAUCAGUGACGUCGCCCUCAAACUCGGCCGUACUGCUGAAGAGAUCAGAGAGAUGAACAUGUACAGAGGUCCAUCCAUGACCCACUACAAGAUGCCAUUCGACCCGGAGAACAUGCUCCUCUGCUGGGAGGAGUGCAAGAGGCGCGCCUGCCUAGAGAGCCGGCGCAUGGACAUUGCCCAGUUCAACCAGCACAAUCGCUGGAAGAAGAGGGGCAUAGCCCUGGUGCCAAUCAAGUAUGGCGUAGGCUUCUCUGAAGCAUUUCUCAACCAGGCGGCUGCUCUGGUUAAUGUCUUCCUUGACGGCUCAGUCCUGGUCAGUCACGGGGGAGCGGAACUGGGCCAAGGCAUCCACACAAAAAUGCAACAGGUGGCCAGUCGUGAGCUGCGUAUCCCCACCUCUCUGAUCCACAUCUCUGAGACCAACACCCACACCGUGCCCAACACCUGCCCCUCCGCAGCCUCCUUUGGCACCGAUGCCAACGGCAUGGCAGUCAAGGAUGCCUGCGAGACUCUCUAUAGCAGACUGGAACCCUUGAGGAAGAAGAACCCAACAGGAACUUGGCAGAGCUGGAUCAAAGAUGCAUUUCUUGAAAAGAUCAGCCUCUCAGCCACAGGAUACUACAGGGGUCAUGACCUCUAUAUGGAUUGGGAGAAGCAGGAAGGUCUGCCCUACGCCUACUUCACCUAUGGAGCAUGCUGCUGCGAAGUGGAACUGGACUGCCUCACCGGAGAUUACAGGACUGUAAGAACUGACAUGGUCUUCGACAUUGGACGCAGCAUAAACCCUUCCAUUGAUAUUGGCCAGAUCGAGGGUGCCUUCAUGCAGGGUGUGGGCCUCUACACCUCAGAGGAGAAGAUGUUCUCCCCCUCCGGUGUCCUCUACACGCGGGGCCCCGGGCAGUACAAGGUUCCUGCCGUCUGUGACGUCCCACUCAAGUUCAACAUCUACCUUCUGCCCGGCACACAGAACCCACACGCCAUCUACUCCUCAAAGGGUAUUGGUGAGCCGGCUGUGUUCCUGGGUUGUUCCGUGUUCUUUGCCCUGAAGGAUGCCGUGGUAGCAGCGCGUGGUGACGCCGGCCUUAGUGGCCCCUUCACCUUCCACAGCCCCGCCACCGCAGAGAAGACCUGCCUGGCCUGCGCCUCGCACCUCACACAGAUGGUUCCAAUGAACAAUCCAGGCACCUUCCAGCCAUGGGCCAUUGACACUCCUUAAGUCGCAACGUGGCAAUUAUAUGUGAUUACACAGUUUGACGUCGAGAAAAUCACACACUUACUUUUGCAGCCACCGCUGUGUGCAAGUUCUUUCACGCUUUUGUUCAGAACUAGCCGUCAAAUUAAUGUUAAUUAAUUGAAGUUAGAUGGCAUUAUGUAAAUCUGUAUUAUUUUUCUAUCAAAAUAUAGGCAAUUGAAAGGUUACUGUAAUAUAGGGUUAAGACAAACUGGGCUACUUCACAGCGACUACACCCAGGGAUGACUGGAGCACUCAGCAACUUUUUAAAAGAUGUUUUAUUUUGGUGCACAAAGUGACUGACGUUUUGGUGCACCUGCGCCUUCCUCAGACUCAAAACUUUUUGAUGGUCCCUGUCUCUCAGAGUAGGGAGGCAUGGAAAGGCGAUGACUGCAGUUUGUUUGAAUAGAUACAACUGACACGAUUGUCUAUGGCUACAUGCCAAAGGACACACAUUCGCCACACCCAAUAAACAGCCGUUGUCAAUCGUAAACCACACACCCCUUACGGGAUUUACAGCAGGCCAGUCUCCAGACCUUAUCUCACUUGUUAUUAGGUCUGGUGAUAGCCAGGCAAUAAGACCAGUGCUGUAGCCCCAUAAUGCACGCCGUUCCACCAGUAGAACGCUGUAAUACAGUAGUCAUUGAAAAGUUAAGUAACAUAGUACUACAGUACACUACUAUGACAUAACACAAAUCGUUAAAUAAUGCACUACGGCCUGGACAUUGCCAUUUUGGUAGAAGCAAAUUUAUAAUGUUGUGCCUUAAUGAGUUAAGUGAGCCAUUAUGCACCAAUACAUAGUACCUGCACUUCUCAAGUUUAGCCUCUAGUUCCAAGCCUUUUUAUGCUGUACUACAAUACUGCAUUUCAAUGUUAAUUAGGUGAGCAGCGGCACUUUUUUUGCCACUUAAAGCACUGCUUAAGGCAACCCCACCUAUGGUUCAAGUGUGAAAUUACUUGCUAGAGGGGCAUGUGAUGCAACGAGGAUUGUUGUAAAUCAUUUCAUUUUGCUUAGGUAUUCUGAAUGUGUAUAAAUCAGGGCUAGCAUGCUGCACUAUGCACAUUCUUGAUCAGUUUGUUUCCUUACGUUUCAUACUUAAAUUGAGUAUACCUGUAAUGUGUGUACUGUACAUUUACAUGUAUGUAUACAAACUGUAUGUUAAUCGUUCUAAGCUUUACAAUGAUAGCUUACAGAUGGGAAUAAGGUAAUGUCUGAAGAACUUGUGGCCUUUAAAUGCCUCCAAAGAAUAAAAAAUGUGUUCUUUAAUUUAGACAAACCAACACUGUUGUCUGAGGCAUUUAGUAAGUUCUUCAAGACCUCAACUUACAUUCUGCAAAAAUGUGAAGAAAUAAAAUCUUUAUUGGCGAUUUUAUCAGUUUCGUUCAGUGAGAAAUGUGACUGACUCUGAGAUUGAAAUCCAGUCGUAGUUCUUUUUUUAGAAACUCUGUAUACUAUGCAGUGUAGCCUGUUGUUUCAUUAUCUUGCUGCCAGCUCUCUUAAAACAACUACAGUACAAGUUGUCUGAAUGUAGACUGCUGCCGAUGCUAAAAGAGUAUUCAUGUUCAUCAGUUUUGCGAUGUAAAAUACCACAUGCAUUGUACCUGCCAAAAUCCUUACUUAUAAAAUGUGGUUAAUAUUCAAAUACAUAAACUAAUAAUUCAACAAAACACACAGAAUAUGAAUGAAUGGACCAAUAAAAACUGCUUCAUGUUCAAAUGUUGUAUUGAAGAGCCUUCUUCCUUUCUAAAAUGCCACUUCUGUACACUUCUGUGUAGAAAGUUUCCCACA